AUGGUGAACGAGAACAUCGAAGAAAGUAUUGCAAAUUGCACCGAACUUGAAAAAGACAUUGGUGAAGCCAUAUCAAGAAUACCUGAAACAGAACAAGGCCAGCGUAGAAAACUUGUUCGUGAAAUCGAAGAAAAAAUUAAAGCAUUAAUACAAGAUAGAGAUUUCAUGGAUUGCGAAAUCAACGAAAUGCAACCAGGUGAAGAGAGAGAUAGCUACCAAGAAAAACUCGAAUAUCAUAAUGAAUGCAUCAAGCAAUUGCAAGAUCAGUUAGUUAUUGCUCAACGCGGUAGUGAUCAGGAGAAUCAAAAGAAUGCGCAGGGGCUUAUGGAUGACGCUCUUAAACUUCAAAACAUUCAGAAAAACUCUCUUGAUAAUUCCUUAUCAAUGGUCGAAAAUAUGAAACAAAUCGGUGCAGAUACAGCUGUAGAAAUUAAGAGACAGCAAGAACAAAUGCAAAAAGCUAGCUCAAACCUCGAUAAUAUGGAUAGUGAACUUGACAGAGCAAAAGUUGUUCUUAAGAAUAUGUUUGGCCGCGUAGCAGGUGAUAAAUGCAUCCGUGUACUCGCAAUUAUCGUUGCUUUGACAAUUAUCGCUGCUAUUGUAGUUUCAAUUGUUAAACCAAGUGCAAUCAAGAAUACAGUUGAACAGUCAUUUUCUAGCAGCGGUGGUACAUCAGACAAUAGCACUGGCAUUAUUUAA